AUGCAAAACCACUCGGAAUGCCCUGUUUGCAAGGCGGGAGUUAGCGAGCAGAACGUAAUUCCGGUGUAUGCCAGAGGGGCUGACGCUGCCGACCCACGCGGCAUCCCCCACCGUCCUCGAGGACAGCGUCCAGAUGCCGAGCAGCUACGACGACGACGCCCGUACAAUUUCGGCAUCUUCCGUGGGAAUGGACAAGGUAAUGCUUUCUCAAUGUCGCCAACCAUCGGGUUCUUUCCGGCGCUCUUCGGCACGCCCUACGUACGUCAACCACCGGCCCCAGUAACGCACCACCAAGAUGGGACACCUCUGACAGCGCAGGAAGCGCGUCAGCAGGUGCAGCAGGCGUUCCUGUCCCGCUUUCUUUUGAUCGUCGGUAGCCUUGUCAUUCUUUGCCUCAUCACGUUCUAG